GAGGAGAGCAUUCCCAUUGCUUUAUCUGGUAGGGAUAUCUUAGCUAGAGCAAAAAAUGGAACAGGCAAAAGCGGUGCCUACCUCAUUCCCUUACUUGAACGGCUGGACCUGAAGAAGGACAAUAUUCAAGCAAUGGUGAUUGUUCCCACAAGAGAACUUGCUCUACAGGUCAGUCAAAUUUGCAUCCAGGUCAGCAAACACAUGGGAGGGGCCAAAGUGAUGGCAACCACAGGAGGAACGAAUUUACGGGAUGACAUAAUGAGGCUUGAUGAUACAGUGCAUGUGGUGAUCGCUACCCCUGGCAGAAUCCUGGAUCUUAUCAAGAAAGGAGUAGCGAAGGUUGACCAUGUCCAGAUGAUAGUAUUGGAUGAGGCAGAUAAAUUGUUGUCGCAGGAUUUUGUGCAGAUUAUGGAGGAUAUUAUUCUCACACUACCUAAAAAUAGGCAGAUUUUGCUAUAUUCUGCUACUUUCCCUCUUAGUGUACAAAAGUUCAUGAAUUCCCAUCUGCAAAAACCCUAUGAGAUUAACCUGAUGGAGGAACUAACUCUGAAGGGAGUAACCCAGUACUACGCAUAUGUAACCGAGCGCCAAAAAGUACAUUGCCUCAACACACUUUUCUCCAGGCUUCAGAUAAACCAGUCGAUCAUUUUCUGCAACUCUUCUCAGAGAGUUGAAUUACUGGCUAAGAAGAUUUCUCAGCUGGGUUACUCUUGCUUCUACAUCCAUGCUAAAAUGAGGCAGGUGAGUGUAAUUCUAGAAUUUGCAUGGGUUUAACAAAAAAAAAUUUUU